GGUUAAUUUUUUCCUCUCGCUUUCUUAAGAAAUCAAUCAGAUCAGCCUCAAUGUUGAAUGUGUCACAGUGAGUCCUCAGACAGCUUACAGAGACAGCUGAGCAGACUCUGACGGGCUUUUGCAAUGGGCUCCAAACGACGGAGAGCCACGUCUCCGUCCAGCAGUGUUAGUGGAGGAGAGUUUGAGGACAGUCAAAGCGCAUCCAUACCUUCAACCAGUCGGAAGAGGAGACGGACCACAAACAUACCCACUGUUGACCCAAUUGCUGUGUGUCAUGAAUUGUACAACACUGUCAGAGACUACAAGGAUGAUCAGGGCAGGAUGCUUUGUGAACUGUUUAUCAGAGCGCCUAAGAGAAGGAACCAGCCGGAUUAUUAUGAUGUUGUGUCCCAGCCGAUUGACAUGAUGAAGAUCCAACAGAAGCUGAAGAUGGAGGAGUAUGAUGACGUUGAACAUCUCACAGCCGAUUUUCAGCUCUUAUUCAACAAUGCCAAAAUGUACUACAAACCAGAGACUCCGGAGUACAGAGCUGCUUGUAAGCUGUGGGAUCUGUAUAUUCACACCAAGAAUGAGUUUGUACAGCGAGGGGAGUAUGACGAAGAUGAUGAUGAUGGUGACGACACACAGGAAAACCAUGGAAGCCUCAUUGAAGAGGAGUCUGUUUCAAGCCUAAAGGAAGUUCUCGGACAGCUUCUGGAUGCUGUACUGACUUACACAGAACAUGGACGUCUUAUUAGUGAACUGUUCCAGAGGCUUCCCUCUAAAGUGCAAUAUCCAGAUUAUUACGCUAUUAUUAAAGAACCAAUAGACCUAAAGGCCAUUGCCCACAGAAUACAGAUGGGCUUCUACAAAAGUGUAAACCAUAUGGUAAAAGAUAUUGACCUGUUAGUCAAAAAUGCCAAAACCUACAACGAACCUGGAUCGCAAGUGUUUAAAGAUGCAAACACAAUCAAAAAGGUCUUUGCACAGAGGAAGAUGGAGCUCGAACAUGCUGAACCGGUUAAAACCAGCAUCAGAAUCAGCAGGAACAGAAGGUUUGCACAAGGAGACCGUCUCUCCUCCAUCACUACAGCACUGCAGUAUGGAUCAGAGAGCGAAGAGGACGCCAUUCUGACUGGCUCUGUUCAUUACGAUGAGGGUGAAUCUGAGGCUGAGAGCAUCCACUCCAGCAUAGACAUGGCAAACCCCAUCUUCCAGAUGUAUGAGGCAGUGCGGGGCGGCAGGAAUAGCCAGGGGCAGCUCUUAGCCGAGCCCUUUCUUCAGCUGCCCUCUAGAAAGGACUACCCCGAUUACUUCCAGCAAAUCAGCCAUCCAAUCUCUCUCCAGCAGAUAAGGGGUAAGAUGAAGACUAAUGAGUAUGAAAGUGUGGAACAGAUAGACACAGAUCUCAACCUGAUGUUUGACAACGCAAAGCGUUACAAUGUUCCAAACUCUCAAAUCUACAAGCGCGUCAUAAAGUUGCAGCACAUAUUGCAGAUGAAGAGAAAAGAACUGAUGAGGAGGUAUGAUGAAGAUGGGGACAGUAUGCUCUCAUCCACUCUUUCUGAUGGAGGCAGCAUCAAGCGCAAGAGCCACAAGAAGAACACAAAGAAGAACCGCAUGAAGGCUCUGUACGCUGCUGUUGCAGAGGCUCGGGAGAUGGGCACAGGUCGGAGGCUCUGUGACCUCUUCAUGGUUAAGCCUUUGAAGAAAGACUACCCAAACUACUACAAAAUCAUAUUAGAGCCAAUGGACCUAAAGACCAUAGACCACAACAUCCGUUCUGACAAGUAUCCCAGUGAAGACACCAUGUUGGAGGAUAUGAAGCUGAUGUUUCGUAAUGCACGUCACUACAAUGAAGAAGGCUCACAGGUUUAUAAUGACGCCAAUAUUCUGGAGAAGAUAUUAAGAGAAAAACGAAGGGAACUCGGUCCCCCGCCAGAUGAUGAUGACAUUAUUUCUCCAAAGCUGAAAAUGAGGAAGAGUGGCGUUUCUUCUAAAAAGUCCAAGUAUCUGACACCGCUGCAACAGAAACUCAACGAGCUCUAUGAAGCGGUGAAGAACUACACUGACAAACGCGGACGGCGUCUCAGCACAAUCUUUCUCCGUCUUCCAUCCCGUGCUGAGCUUCCUGACUACUAUGUGGCCAUCAAGAGACCUAUUGACAUGGAGAAGGUUAAGAGCCACAUGCUGGCCAACAAGUACCAGGAUGUUGACGCCCUGGUGGAGGACUUAGUUUUGAUGUUCAACAACGCUUGUACCUACAACGAGCCUGAAUCUUUGAUCUAUAAAGAUGCAUUGGUUCUACACAAAGUGCUUUUGGAGACCAGGAGAGACCUAGAGGGAGGUGAAGAUGCACAUGUCCCAGAUGUAGCACGACUCAUUCAGGAACUUAUUCGCAAUCUAUUUGUGUCCGUGCUUGGUCACCAGGAUGAUGAGGGACGUUGCUAUAGCGAUUCACUCGCAGAGAUUCCAGCUGUUGAUCCCAACAAUCCCGAUAAGCCUCGGGUGAACUUUGAAAUCAUCAGAACUAACGUGGAUAAGUGUCGCUAUAGGAGACUGGAUGUGUUUCAGGACCAAAUGUUUGAAGUCUUGGAGAAAGCUAGACGUCUGCAUAGGACAGACUCAGAGAUAUUUGAGGACUCUGUAGAGCUCCAGCAGUUCUUCAUCCGGAUCAGAGAUGAGCUGUGUAAGAACGGAGAGAUUCUGCUGACGCCCGCCCUCAGCUACACCACUAAACACCUGCACAGCGACGUAGAGAAGGAGAAGAAAGAGAAGCUGCCUAAAGAGUAUGAAGAGGACAAGCUCAAGAGAGAGGAGGAGAAGAAAGCUGCAGAAGCUGAGAAGAGUGAGGACUCGGCAGGUGGUGGGUGGCAGGGAACCUUGCAACGCACCUACAGCCAGGACUGCAGUUUCAAAGACAACAUGUACCAUGUGGGAGACUAUGUGUAUGUGGAACCCACUGAACCAAACCUGCAGCCUCACAUUGUCUGCAUAGAGCGCCUUUGGCAGGACAAUGCAGGAGAUAAAUGGCUUUAUGGUUGCUGGUUCUAUAGACCCAAUGAAACGUUCCAUCUCGCUACACGCAAAUUUCUGGAGAAAGAAGUUUUCAAAAGUGACUAUUACAACAAAAUACCUGUCAGUAAAAUACUGGGCAAAUGUGUUGUCAUGUUUGUGAAGGAGUAUUUCAAGCUUCAGCCUGACACCUUCAGACCUGAUGAUGUUUUUGUCUGCGAGUCUCGUUAUUCUGCCAAGACCAAGUCCUUCAAAAAGAUCAAGAUGUGGACCAUGCCCCUGAGCUCAGUGAAGUUUGUUCUUCGUGAAUUGCCGCUGCCUGUGGUCCGUGUGGCCUCUAUGUUUGCACCCAAACAGGAUAGCGAAAAGCCCACUGAGGUGGCAGAGGACAGCAAAACUGAGCCUUCUUUUAUCGAUAAGGAAAGAGAGGAUGUUACCAUGGAGAUCAGUAACGGAGAGCCAGGAUGCCAGUACUAUGAGCAGCUCUGCUACAACGACAUGUGGCUGAAAGUGGGAGACUGUGUGUACAUCCGCUCUCAUGGGCUUGUACGCAACCGAGUGGGCAGAAUAGAGAAGUUGUGGGUGCGAGAUGAAGCUGCGUACUUCUUUGGGCCCAUCUUCAUCCACCCUGAAGAGACAGAGCAUGAACCCACAAAGAUGUUCUACAAAAAGGAAGUAUUCCUCAGCAACCUAGAAGAAUCCUGCCCUAUUACCUGUAUUGCAGGGAAGUGUACAGUGUCUUCCUUCAAAGAUUUCCUGUCAUGCAGGCCAACUGAAAUGGCAGAGGACGAUGUGUUGCUGUGUGAGAGCCGCUACAUAGAGAGUGAGAAACAAAUGAAGAAAUUCAAAGGGCUGAAGCGUUUCUCUCUGUCUGCCAAAGUAGUCGAGGAUGAAAUCUAUUACUUCAGAAAGCUCAUAGUGCCUCAGAAAGAGCCGUCUCCACUGCUGGAUAAGAAGAUCGAUGAGUUGGAGGCCAAGUUUGCAGACAUGACAGAUGAAGAGCUGGAGGAUUUGGGUGAUGAUGACGAUGGAUCUGAUGCCCACUGCAUGCCACAGCUACAGACUCCACUGACCAGCGACAUGGACAUGUUGCAAUACGCACCAGCACAGUCCACUCCAAAGUCAAUUAAGGGGCUAUCGAAGAAGGAAGGUGCGAAGAGGAAGAUCAAUAUGAGUGGGUACAUCCUCUUCAGCAGUGAAAUGAGAGCUGUCAUUAAGGCCCAGCACCCUGACUUCUCCUUUGGAGAGCUCAGUCGUCUGGUGGGUACAGAGUGGAGAAACCUGGAAGCAACCAAGAAAGCUGAGUAUGAAGAGCGGGCAGCUAAGGUAGCGGAGCAUCAGGAGCGAGAAAGGGCGGCACACCAGCAGAACUCCUCAAGAGCAGGUACCCCAGUUGGGGCGCUCAUGGGGGUGGUACCUCCCCCGACCCCAAUGGGAAUGCUUAGCCACAGCAUGAUGCCUAUGGCAGGUAUGAAUGGAAUGACCCCAGGUUCUACAGGAAACACUUAUGGGACUCAGAUGGGUGUUAUGAACUCAGGCCAACAGGCCCCCCCACCUUACCCGGGGAUGGUUGGGCAGCCUGCCCUGCAGCAGCCCUCCACCCCAAUAUUUGUGGCUCCUCCACCCAAAUCCCAGCGCCUCCUACAUUCAGAGGCAUAUCUCAAGUAUAUAGAAGGACUCAGUGCUGAGUCAACUACCAUCAGCAAGUGGGACCAGACACUCACUGCUCGCAGGAAAGAUGUGCGCCUUACAAAAGAGCAGGAGAGCCGUCUGCCUUCUCAUUGGCUGAAGAGUAAGGGAGCUCACAAGACGAUGGCUGAUGCUCUGUGGCGACUGCGGGACCUAAUGCUACAAGACACACUAAAUAUUCAACAGACGUAUAAUUUCUAAACCAUUCCUGUUCUCGUGUUCUCAUACAAGGAGUUGAGCCGUUCUUAGAGUUUCAAUGUUGUUAUGAUAUAACGUCCUCUUUAGGGUUUUGUAAUGCUAAAUAUAGUCUGUUGGCUUUGUUAGUGGUUUUGCAAUUUUACUUUUCUUGAAAGCACUUUCAAUUGGCUACUUUUGUAUGUGGGCUGUUAAAUGUUCUUAGACUGAUUUAAACAUUUUCAUAAAAUUUUGAACUUUAAAGUGUUAAACUGAUGUUUGUGCAUUGUAAGUUGUGACAGGAAUACGUUUUGUUGUAAGAUUGUUCUGAAAGAAUGUAGAAAUGGCUAUUUUGGCCUUGUCUUAGUUCAUAAGAUGGUGUUUAAAAACUAAUCAGCCUAUUUUUCAUAUCAUCCCAGUUGUAUUAGCUAAAUGUCAGUUUGGAAUGGACACCAUUGCCUAUUGUUUCAAUAAACUAACAUGAACACUACAUCACAUUGUUGAUGUACAGUAUACCUAGCAAAAUAACAACAAAAAGUUUGGUUUCCGAAUAAAUACUAUAGCUGCUACUGUAAAACAGUAAUGUAUCAGACAGUAAUUCAAUGGUACUUAAAGAGUUAGUUCACUUCAGAAAUUAAAAUUACCUCAUCAUUUACUCAUGCCAUGCCAGAUGUGUAUGACUUACUUUCAU